CAUUACAAAGGAACCAAGUUAGACGAAUGACACAUAAUAAGAAUUAUAUAAGUAAAUACGUGGAAACUAAUAAAGUGUCUUAGCCCUUAGGCUUCAAACAUCAAACUAAACUCUCACUUAGCUAUGGCUGGUUGUGCAUGGCAUUUUGGUCUUCUGUUUAGGAUAACCAUUUUGAUUAUCCUAAUAAUCCCCAUUGCAAAUACUCAAUCUCAGUAUUUUGAUUACCCCAACUUCAAUGCAACUAAUGUACAGCAACUAAAGUUGGAAGGUAAUGCUUCUACCUCAGAUUCUGCUAUUCAACUCACAAUGAACACAGCAGACCCUAACAUCAACGGGACAGUAGGAAGAGUCACAUAUCCAGAGCCAAUAAAUCUUUGGGACAAUUGUUCAAAUGAACUGAAGGACUUCACCACCAACUUUUCCUUUGUUGUUUCCUCAAAUCAGAUUAAUUAUGGUGAAGGUUUGGCAUUCUUUCUAGCAAGCUCAGAUCUGCCAUCAACAGAUCAUAAAAAUCUAGGAGGAGGAGGCCUUGGUGUUGGCCUUGUGGGUAGUAACGAAAAUCUUCUCCAGACAGAUUAUCAAUUUGUGGCAGUGGAGUUUGACACUUACUCAAAUGGCUGGGACCCUGAUGGCUCACAUGUAGGCAUAAACAUCAACGAUAUGAGGUCUAAAAUACUUGAGAAAUGGUGGACAAAUAUUACAAAAGGGGAAGUUUGUAACUGUAGUAUUGUAUACAAUUCUAGAAAAAAUACUUUGAAAGUUUCGUUCACUGGAUACAAAUUAUUUGCUGGGGAUGAAAUACAGAUUACACAACACCUUUCAUACGACGUUAAUAUCAUAGAUCAAUUACCAAAGUCGGUAAUUGUUGGCAUAUCAGCUGCAACAGGAGCAUAUGCUGAGGAACAUACACUGCUGUCAUGGUCAUUUUGUACAAGCUCACCAAGUUAUAAGGCUGAACCAAAGAAGAAAAGCAAGGUAAUCACCACAAAAUUGUUGGAGGGCAUUGGAAUUGGUACAGGUUUGUUUUUCAGCUUAUUAGCGUUGGUCUACAUUUUUUUAUGGAGGAAGAACAAAAGAAAAGAAGGACGCACUUCAGAAGCCACUUCUCAUCCGAAGAUGGAUGAUGAACUCCAAAAGAGGCCCAAGGAGAUUGGUUAUAAUGAAUUGAUCACUGCAACCAAUAACUUUGAAGCGACACAGAAGCUUGGCCAGGGUGGUUUUGGUGGCGUUUAUAAAGUUUAUUUCAAAGACUCAAAUUCCAAUGUUGCUAUAAAGAGGAUAUCAGCAGGUUCAGCACAUGCUUUGAAGGAUUACACAGCGGAAGUAACGAUCAUUAGCCAAUUGAGGCACAGGAAUUUGGUGAGACUCACCGGUUGGUGCCACAAGAAGAAUGAUCUUUUUCUAAUAUACGAGUACAUGCCAAAUGGAAGCUUAGAUUCUUGUCUUUUUGGUGGAGAAAAGUUGUUGCCGUGGGAGGUGAGGUACAAUUUAGCUCUGGACUUGGCAUCAGCAUUGCUAUACCUUCAGGAAGAAUGGGAAAAAUGUGUGCUUCAUAGGGACAUCAAAUCAAGCAACAUAAUGUUGGACUCCAAUUUCAAUGCUAAGCUUGGGGAUUUUGGCCUGGCUAGGCUGGUGGACCAUGAGAAAGGGUCACAUACCACAGUUAUGGAAGGGACAAUUGGUUACCUUGCCCCUAAAUAUAUGACCACAGGCAAGGCUGGAAAGGAAUCUGACAUAUUCAGUUUUGGGGUUGUUUUGUUGGAGGUAGCCACUGGGAGAAAAGCCAUUCACCACAAAGACAUGGAGGGUCAAGUAUCAUUAGUUGAGUGGGUGUGGAAGCUCUAUGGAUUGAGAAAUCUCCUUGCAGCAGCAGAUCCAAACCUAUGUGGGGAAUUUAAUGUGCAGCAAUUGGGAUGCUUACUGGUUGUUGGUCUUUGGUGUGCAAAUCCAGAUUGCGCAUCCAGACCCAAUAUAAGGCAAGUGAUUCAGGUGCUCAAGUUCGAAGCUGCCUUACCAAAUCUCCCACAACAGAUCCCGCACAACCCUAGUAUCCCUGUCUGA